AUGGAUUACGAUGAAGAUGAAUUAGACUAUAACUCGCAAGAGGAGCUAGAACAAUUCGAUGAAGACAAGUUGACAAACGAAGAGUACGAUUUACUACACGAGGUGUUACCGCAAUUGAAAGCAAAGUUAAAGUCGUACAACGAUGACAUCCCGGAAUUAGCUUUGAAGGAGGCCUUGUAUUUUAACUACUUUGAGUUAGAACCGUCCAUAGAAGAACUUAAAUCCAGCUUCAAGACGCGAUUGGCAAGAGCAAGAUCGGGACAACCAUCUGCCUCGAUCUUGGACCAAUUCACACGAAAUACAUCCACGUCGAGUGAAGAAUCCUCAAGGCUGCCGAGUGCAUCAAUACUAAGAAAGAAGCAUAUAAAAGCAGAAACGCCAGCGCGGGAUGUUACUGAAUCACAUCGACCAUCUGCACAACCUGUAACCUCCCAACCGUCAUUUUCGUUUGACAUUGCAUUGGACGAUUCAAUUAUAUUGAAAUCACCCAUUGAUGAAGUAUCUGUGUUCUGGUUCAAAGACGGAUCAGAAGAUCGAAAAGCUAAACGAAGACGAUUGAAUGAAUCUAUAUUCCAUCCCAUUACUGACAUAUCUUUAGAAAAAGUGGCCAAGGCGCAAAACAACUUCACCAAGCCUUCUCCAGAUGAUGAAAUUUUAAAUGCACAAAAGCAGGCCUUUGAAGGGGUUGGCUCAUUGAAAAUAGAUGAUGAUCCACCAAAGGAAAAGACGGCAAACAAGGUCAAAGAAACAAAGGCGUUCAAAAAAGUGGAUAUUGAGAGUGAACUAGCCAACAACCCACAAUACAGCAAACGUCACAAGUCAUUUGUGGUUAUUGGACAUGUCGAUGCUGGGAAAUCGACUCUCAUGGGAAGAUUAUUGUUUGAUUAUGGUAUUGUCGACGCUAAAACUGUUAACAAAUUGGUCAAGGAGAGUGAGAAAAUAGGUAAAGGGUCGUUUGCGUUGGCAUGGAUCAUGGACCAGACAGAAGAAGAAAGGAGUCACGGAGUCACUGUGGAUAUUUGUGCCACCGACUUUGAAGUUGCUACUACCAAGUUUACAGCUAUCGACGCACCUGGUCAUAGGGACUUUGUUCCACAGUUGAUUGGGGGUGUAUCUAACGCCGACUUUGCCUUGUUGGUGGUUGAUUCAAUAACGGGUGAGUUUGAGGCCGGGUUCGCGUUAGACGGGCAAACGAAAGAGCACACAAUUUUGGCCAAGAAUUUGGGCAUUGAAAAGAUUUGUGUAGUUGUGAACAAGAUGGAUAAAGAAGAUUGGAAUGAGAAUAGAUUUGACACCAUAAAAGGUCAGUUGUUUGAAUUUUUGACAAGCUCGGAUGUGGAUUUCCAGCCAGAGCAGAUCGACUUUAUUCCCAUUUCCGGACUAACAGGUAAUAACGUGGUAAAAAGAGAUCCCUCUAUUGAACAGUUUCAGUGGUAUUCCGGACCCACAUUGGGACAGUACAUUGAGAAUGUACCAUUGCUGAAACCCAUCCAAUCGAGUGUCUCACAAGAGCCAUUUUAUUUUUCAGUCCAUGACGUCUACAAGGAUAAAGGUGAUUUGAAGGUCAUUGGGAAAGUGAAUAGUGGAUUUGCUCAACCGGGUGAGACUGUCGUGUUCCACCCCAGCGAAGAAAAUUUGCAAAUACUGUCCAUACAAGUGUCUCAAGCAACAGUCGAUUUUACCGUUGCGGGACAGUUGGCCACUUUGAUAUUCAAAAGCAGCCAAGUUUCAAACGAGUCCAUCGAUAUUGUUCGUAAUGGUGAUAUUGUAACAAAGGUGAAUUCUUCACUCAAGACAGUCAAGCUGUUUGUUGCUUCGGUCCAUUUGUUCAACAUGGACAAACCACUUUUAGUAGGUAUGCCGUUCGUGUUGUUUAGAAACUCCAGUCAAGUUCCAGCGAGAAUCACCCAAAUCAUAGAAAUUACAAAUUCAAACAAGAAGAAAAAAAAGAAGCAAUUACACUUGACCUCGAAACAAGAUGCAAUUGUACAAAUUGAAGUUGAUGGAGGGGCGUCGUUACCAUUGACGACCUACCAAGAUAAUUCGAAACUUGGAAGAAUUGUACUCCGGAGAGAAGGGCAAACGAUUGGGGCAGGGAAAGUUACUGAGCUUUAA